GCGGCGGGCGCCGGGGCAGACGGGGCUGGGAGACAUGGCCACCAGUCACCCAGCAGGACACAUGCAGCUGCCCCGAGCUGAUGCCAUACGUUCACGUCUCAUUGAUACUUUCUCUCUCAUCGAGCAUCUGCAAGGCUUGAGCCAAGCGGUACCAGGACACACUAUCCAAGAGAUACUUGAUCCUUCCAGUCAGAAGAAGUUUAUGUUGGGAGAUGAACACCAGCUUGUGCGCUUCUCCGUAAAGCCUCGACGUGUGGAACGUAUUACCCGUGCCCAGAGACUGAUUAGCAGGCUACAUGUUCGCUACAGUCAGAGGCCACCUCUUUCCUUGUGGGCUGGAUGGGUCCUUGAGUGCCCUCUAUUCAAAAACUUCAUCAUCUUCCUCAUCUUUUUGAAUACAGUUGUACUGAUGGUUGAAAUAGAAUUGCUUGAAUCCUCAAAUACCAAACUAUGGUCACUGAAGCUGAGUCUGGAGGUGGCAGCUUGGUUCAUCUUGUUUAUUUUCCUCUUGGAGAUCCUUCUUAUGUGGAUAUCCAACUUUUACUUCUUCUGGAAGAAUGCCUGGAAUGUGUUUGACUUUGUUGUCACCAUGUUGUCCCUGCUUCCUGAGGUUGUGGUGCUGCUGGGGGUAACAGGCCAGUCUGUAUGGCUCCAGUUGCUAAGGAUCUGCCGGGUGCUACGAUCUCUCAAACUCUUUGCACGGUUCCGUCAAAUUCGAGUCAUUAUUUUGGCCCUGGUGAGGGCCCUCAAGAGUAUGACCUUCCUCUUGAUGUUGCUGCUCAUCUUCUUCUACAUUUUUGCUGUGACUGGUGUCUACUUCUUUGAGGACUACACCCAUUCACCUCGCCAGGACCUGAAGUACAACAUGUUCUUCUCGGACUUGCUGAAUUCUCUGGUGACAGUGUUCAUCCUCUUCACCAUGGACCAUUGGUAUGCACUGCUUCAGGAUACCUGGAAGGUGCCUGAAGUCAAUCGUACCUUCAGCAGCAUCUAUGUUAUCCUUUGGUUAUUACUUGGCUCCAUCAUCUUUCGAAAUAUCAUAGUAGCCAUGAUGGUUACUAACUUUCAGAAUAUCAGGAAUGAGCUGAGCGAGGAGAUAACACAUCUGGAGGUUCAACAUAAAGCUGAUAUAUUCAAGCGGCAGAUUAUCCAGAGGAGACAAAACCUGUCCCCUGAUGUAAUGAAGUCAAGCCUUAGCAAAGUGGAUGCCAGAGAUGCCAGUGAACAAAGAAAAUCUUUGGAGUUACCAAAAAAUGUUGAAGACUUGUCUAAAUAUAGUGCUGAUGAAGGGAGUUCAGGAACAUCUGCAUCAAAAACAAGAGAGUCCUCAAAAAUGAAAAAGCCCUCCUUUUCUUCCUCUUUUUCCUCCCCCUCCUCUUCCUCCUUGUCUUCAUCUUCCUCCAAUGCCUCCUCUUUUGCUGACUCCAGAUAUGUAGACUUCGCUGAUCAGCUGGACUGGGAGACUCAUGUGCACCAAAAUCUGCCUGGGCUAAUGGAAAUGGAUCAGGAUGAUCGUGUUAUUUGGCCUAGAGAUUCACUCUUCCGAUAUUUUGAAUUGCUGGAAAAGCUUCAGUACAAUCUAGAGGAACGCAAACGUUUGCAGGAGUUUGCAGUGCAGGCACUGAUGAACUUUGAAGACAAAUAAAGCUGACAAUGGAUAGCUUCGAUUUCUUUGGCAAAAAUUAAUGAAAAAAUAGUUGGAAAUGGAGAAUUCAGAGUAUAAAUGUCUAAUAAAUACUGUUGACAAAUG